AUGGGCUUAUUUCACGAUAGCAGCAAUGAUGACACGACGUGUCCAAUGCCUAGGCCCCUCGUGGCUGGUUCGUUCCUCUACCUUGGAGCAACGGGUAGUAACAAUAAAGCUAAUCAAGGGACUCUAGAUGCAUCGGAAAACUUCAUAGGCGAAUAUACUUUCCACAAGUUUAACAUGAUUCUUUCCGGUGCUUGUACGGCUGCUACCUGCCUCGUCAUCCUAUUCACGAUGAUCAAACACUCUUUACGCUUCAGCAACCCAAACGAGCAGCUCAAAAUCAUGCGAAUUGCUACCUUGUUACCCAUCUACUCGAUCCUAUCUUUUAUCCCUAUCUGUUUCCCAAACAGCUAUGUCUACGUUACCGGCUGGGUAGAAGUCAUUCAGGGAAUUGCCCUCUACACCUUCCUCAUGCUGCUUUGCGACUUUCUUGCUCCAAAUGACCGAAACCGUGUGUUCUUCUUUGCAUCUCUAAGAAUCCCCGGUAGGAUGGACAACAACAAGACAACAGAUGGAUUGACAUGGCUCCAAAAAACAUGGUACUUGGUCCUCCAGUAUCCCAUUGCCGCCUUUUUGAUCGCCAUCGCAGAAUGUAUAACCGAAGCAGCUGGUGUCUACUGUCUGGAAAGCAACAAUGGACACUUUGCUCAUCUUUGGCUUAACAUCAUCCGAAUCAUAUCCCUCGGUCUUGCAAUCAUGGCAACUCUUCGAUUUUACACCAAUCUCAAGUCUCAUAUGCAAGAUCACAAGCCAUUGACAAAGCUGCUUGCGUUCAAGCUGGUCGUUGGCCUGGUUUUCCUGGAACAGAUUAUUUUCAUGAUCCUACACUCAACAGACGCUCUUAAGGAAACAUCAAAGCUGAGCUAUGCCGACGUAUACAUCGGAAUACCGACUAUGAUCAUUUGUAUCCAAAUGGUUCCCUUUGCAUUCUUCUUCAACUAUGCAUACUCUACCAAGCCUUACCGAGUGAAUGACAGCAGUGCCCGCCACGGCAACCCCCAGGAAUAUCUCGCUGUUGAAGAGAACGAGGCGGGCAGAACUUAUAAGUCUCGCCAGUACCAGGGUGGCCCUCUCGGUAUUUACGCUUGGCUUGCCUUUUGCAACGCCUUAGAGUUCUUCCGUGAGAUUACAUCAACAUACCACUACUUGGAAGACCGGGAGUAUGGCGUUGAUCUUUGA